CAUGUGCGGGUUAAAGGAGAAGAUCACGCUAAACCUGUAGCAAACAGGGAUGAGGGCUCGGGGAUGGCAGAGCAAUCGUUAACUGUGCUUUUAAAGCUUGUGGCUGCUGUGUUUUAUGGGCUGAGCUCGUUCAUUAUCGUGGUGGUGAAUAAAAGCGUCCUGACUAACUACAGGUUCCCAUCCUCAAUAUGUGUGGGCCUGGGUCAGAUGGUGGCCACAGUGCUUGUGCUGUGGGUGGGAAAGGCUCUCGGGGUAAUCCACUUUCCAGAUUUUGAUACAAAUAUAGUUAGAAAGACUUUUCCUCUACCUCUUCUUUAUGUCGGGAACCAAAUCACAGGACUGUUUGGCACAAAAAGGCUGAACUUGCCCAUGUUCACAGUCCUAAGAAGAUUCUCCAUCCUUUUUACAAUGUUUGCUGAGGUCAUGUUAUUAAAAAAGACGUUCUCCCGCCCAGUCCAGCUGACAGUAUUUGCAAUGAUAUUUGGAGCAUUUGUAGCUGCCAGCACUGAUCUUGCCUUUGACCUCGAAGGGUAUGUGUUUAUCCUUCUGAAUGAUGUUCUGACAGCAGCAAAUGGAGCAUACGUGAAACAAAAACUAGACUCCAAGUUGGAAGAAUUCCCCAUGAGCAAUUUGCAGGAGCUGGGGAAGUAUGGGCUGCUGUAUUACAAUGCACUGUUUAUGAUUGUUCCAACACUGGUACUUGCUCAUUUAACUGGGGAUGUACAGAAGGCCGUGGAGUAUGACGGCUGGGCAGACGUGGUGUUUGUCUUCCAGUUUGUUCUGUCUUGCGUAAUGGGGUUUGUUCUUAUGUAUUCCACAUUCGUUUGUACACAGUACAAUUCAGCACUUACAACCACAAUAGCUGGCUGUAUAAAGAAUAUAUUAGUAACUUACAUUGGCAUGGUGUUUGGAGGGGACUACAUUUUCAGCUGGACUAACUUCAUUGGCUUAAAUAUCAGCAUUGCUGGCAGUCUGGUGUACUCUUACAUCACUUUUACAGAGGAGCAGUCAAGCAAAACAAGUGAAGGGACCAGCAAAGUGGAAAUCAAAGGGAAGAUAGCUGUAUGACAUUAAACCAGUUGACUGAGCUGUAACCAUGUGGAAACUAGCAACAAAUCCACACCUAUCAAGUGCUUGAGGAGUUUUAGUGAAGUGUUGCGGAAAUUGUGACUUGACUCCUCUCCAGGUAACGGAACACACACACACAUAUAUAUAAAUAAAAUUUAAUUGAGAUUUUUCAUGACUGGUAAAAGAUGCACAACGCCAAGAAUAGCAUGUAGUUGGAUGCAAAAAAAUAAAUAAAAAAUCGAACAUUAGUUUUAUGUUGACCAUUUCCCUUGAGUUUUAGUUUUAGAAAAACAGUGUUACAUAUAAAUGCACUUAUCUAAUUCAAUUUUCUAUAAUUGAUUGGCCUGGUCAAAAUGUUAACAUGGCUUUAACAUUUAAAAUUAAGUAUAAAUAACCUUCAAUAGGAGUUGAGAGUGCACAGUGUUACCUAGUGGAUGAAACCAUUAAUGCACUCCUAUAUAAAGAAUUCCUAUUUCUGAUCAGGUUUCAUUUUCUUCUUCUGCUUGGUCUGUCACUUUUUGAAGCUGAGAGGUGCAAAAACAAUGGUUAGAUUUUAAAAUUCGUGCAGAUUCUGUGUAUAUAUAUGUGUGUGUGUGUGUAAAUAAAUCCAUGUGCUGGAAUCGGAAUGCUGGCUAGUUACUCAAGUAGACUUUGUUUGUUUUGUAGUAAGUUGAAAGCAGUUCUGAACGAACUCUGCAGCAUUAAGCCCAACCAGAUGUACGACUUCAGACCCCCCUGGCCAUUCCUGUCCCAGUUUAAUGGGUGUAAUUUUAAACCAGGCUUAAAUCUUAAUGGGUUCAAUUUAUUUUGACGGUAUGCUCACCUUUUCCCAUAUCAUUGGUGAAGGAAGGUUUAGUGGAGCUGAGUGCUUGUCUGGCUAAUUCUAUCACAGGUUCAUCUUUCCUGGUCUGGUUCCAUUCUAAUUGUGUUUGGUGUAUAAGCUUUUUAUUCUUGUCACAUUGUGCAAUGAAACCUGACAAAUGCUGCCAUGUUUUUAAAUGGAUUGUCGGGUCACAUAUUUGAUCUCGGAGAUCAGAUAUGUAUAGAUACUGAAGUGCCUUCUUCAUGCAAACAAAUACAGUUUUUGUUUCUGUGUUAACAGCCCUUUCUUUUAAAGUUGCUUUAUAUUUAUACUUUUUUUAUUGACCUUUUUCUAUAGCCAUGUUGAUUUUGGGAAUGUGUUAGAGCUAGACUUUUUAAAGGAAUGAUGUGUUUGCGGUUUACAUAUGAAAUCAGCUAAAGCUGCCUGUCUACAAAUGAUUGUAGUUGUGCUAAUUUUUUUUAAAUGUAUUUGAACAUGUAAUGUAUUUCCUCUAUACAUCCCAGGUAUAAAACAGUGAGGUUACAGGACUAACAGCAGAAAGAUUGUAGUAGUAUAAUCCAUUUGUUGAAUCAAGAUCUCUCUCUUCUGCACAUCCUCAACAGUCCAUUAGCCCACUGAAUGUGUGGUUGUGUCUCUAUGGCUAAUGCACACGGCAUGUACCUUUUUUUUAACUUUAUUUUGAUUGGUAUUUUAAUUGUGAUUUGGGUGUUUCUGAAGUUCUGGAUAAAAUAUUAACUCUGUGUUUUUACACAAGGGCAGUUCCACAAAUUAGACAUCCUUUAGUCAAUUAAAUAAAUAAAUAAAUAAUCUGAAUACAUAUGGGUUGUAAUUUUUAAGGUAAUUCUCUAGUUUUUAGAGAUGUCAUUUAUGGAACGAGUCAAUGCUUUGACAAAUAUGAAACUGAGUGUAACCCUGUGACAAGUGGCAACAUACAAAUAUCAUUUUCCCUGAGUUACAAUAAAGGGAGAAUAUUGCUUCUGUUUUAUUGACAAGGGACUGAUAUAAGUACAUAUAGAAAAAAUGUGUACGUAAGUCCUCAAAACAUUUAGAUAUUUUUGACAACAUGGUACUUGAGCAUUUCUACUUCACAAGGUGGACACAUGAUUUCUAUCUGGUUUACAGUACUAAUUGGCUGACAUGUCAUGCCCAACAAGCCACUUCAUGAUUAAAUAAUGAUUCCACACGUCUUUAGUGUGUGAAAUUGUGGAUCUGCCCUCAAGUAGAAGGGAAUAUUAUCUGGGGAGGAAAGAAUGGUUUCUUGUUCAUACAUUUACAUUUUUAAAUGUUUAAUUUCAAACCUACUGUUUUUUAUACCAGAUUAUGCAUGUUGAGGGAUGUAUAGUCUUGAGGCACAAGUUUAAAAAAGUAACUUUGAAAUGGAAAAACGGUAGUAUUUUUAUACGUCACAUUAUGUAUGUAUGUACACAGUGAAGCUUUUCAUAUGCAGUUAAUGUAUUUAUUUUAACACUGUACAGUAAAGAUUCUGGGUAUUACAAAUAAAGCCUUGUCACAGUGCCAGAUAUUUUUGUACAUACUGUGUAAGAAAUAAACUGAAAAAUGCUAACAAUUUGAAAUGUUUUUUUGUUGGUAUCAAACAAAGCAUGGCUCUUCUGCAAUGAAUUGAGAAUAUUUGUGGAUUCAAUGUGUUGGAAGUUUUGGCAUUCUUUCUUUGUAGGCUGUAAUAGUUGUUUUUUAUUGUAUGUACUAGCAUUUAUAUAGUGCGGACUUCAGUUGUAGUCUGUGUCUUAUUUUAUAUAGAUUGCUGUGUAUAGGUUGGCAUUCGAUGAUUCUCUCGGCUCCAUUUAUACAGGUGUUGCAGAGAGAGAUAUUAUGAAAUUCACAUCUUGCUUCAUACUGAUAUACCAUUCCCCUCUUGGAUUUUAUUCAUAAAACCUCCCACUUCCACUCUGUUGUAACAUGCAAGGCAGCCAACACUGCCCAGUUAAAGUGCAUUUUAAUACCUUUUCUACUGCAAGUGGAAACAUAUAAUCUCAACAAGGGCAUACACUAAUGUGAAAUAUGCAUCAUUAAAAAUGAAAUGUAAAAUGUGAA